AUGCCGCACAUGCCUGAAAGCACCAGUGACAUGAGGCGAAAAGCAAAAGACUUGGAGGCCACCACGACGUCCGCAAAUCGAGCGAAUGUUGCGACCGAAGCUUCUGGGUUGGAUAACGGGUCCGGCUUGGGCUUCCCCUGCCAGGACGUCUAUCAAUUUCACAGCCAGGUACGGAAGUCUCCUGUCUUGACGUAUGCGUCGCACGUGAGUACGUGGCUGGCGAAGAGCCCUCACCAAGCAGGUAUUGCCGUGGGCGCAAUAAUAGUGGGCCUUCUUUGUGCGUGGGACGGUCCACGUGUUUGGCAGGUACUUGUCAUCACAGCGUCCUCCUUGGGUGCUGCAUGGUUGGUCCAUUUUGAGGCAGUGCACAAGAACAUGGCACCAAACCUCUUUGCAGAGCUCCUGCUAAUGCUUGCAACUACCAGCACUGUGGCCAUGGCCAUGCACAUUGGGUUCGAAGGCUCUCAAGUUCUGGUCGGCAGCUUUGUUGGCUUCGUUGCUGCUGCUUAUUGUUCAGAUUGGGCACGCACUGUUGAUGCCAACAUUCCUGGGAUUGCAUUGCUGUGGUAUUGCUCUGGCGCUAUUCUCGGCACCUGGGUUCUGCUCGCCUGCAGGAGAGCACUUCUGUCCACUGUUGCGCCGCUGUUCGGAAGCUACCUUGUGGUUUCCGGUUUGGGCAGCUUGCUCUCUCACGUGGUUUCCUUGCCAGGCUUGCCACAGCAGGGUGUCUGGUCUCUUGAUGCCGUGGUACUGUUAGGGCCAGCCGGAACACAGGCACUGGUGUGGCAUGGCGUUUGUGCGCUUCUGGCAGUCUCGUCACACCGUGCUGGUCGACCCAUACUGGCCCUUGCACUUCUGGUCAGCUAUGCAGCCUUUGUGGCCUUGGGUGCUUUGCUUGCUGGGAUCCAGUGUCACGCGAAAGGCAAGCGGGCUGAUGGAACUCCUUGUCCUGCCUUUCUGGCCGUUCCAGGCCAGUGGCGGUGGCAGCUUGCAGGCUGCACAGCUUGGGUGAUUUUGACCGUGGUCUCCGGGUGGAAACAGCUGGUUGCCAGAGGAGAAGGUCAAGGCAACUUUGAUUCCCGUGCUCGUGGCAUUUAUAUGCCCGUUAGGGAAGUGUCGACUGAAGAUGGUCUUGCGAAGAAAGCAGUAGAAGUUGAUCCCCUCCGGACGCGGCUGCCCUCUGAGUGCCAGGCAGGCAGCCUUCUGCCGGAAGAGAAGUCUCUCACUCCGCUCACUCCGCUCACCCUUUCAGGCUUCGUCCAUUCCAUCCAUUCGCGUCGAGGAGGCAUCGCCUAA